GUCACAUCACCUGGACAGCCGGAUGUUUACAGUGCUAGUUGACAGAUAACGUAUUAAAACGUAUUAAAAGUUGUGUUUUAUGGUUAAUUCGGUUUAUUACGCGCUCUGUUUUAUUCUUGUUCUUCGGUUGUAGUUUAGUUUUGACGUCUACGCAGUGAAAUGGAGCUGCAGGGCGGGCCGUUAGCCGAGUUAGCUUAGCUACAUUAGCUAUAGCUGAGCAGCAGUGACCAGUGAUUUCUGUGAUAAACAUGAUUUCCCAGGUGUUUAUUCUGUCCUCUAAAGGAGACCAUCUCAUUUACAAGGACUUCCGCGGGGAAGCAGACAAAGACGCUGUCAGUGUUUUCUUCGAGAUGGUGACAGCGCUGAGCGGAGACCAGCCUCCGGUAGUCAUGAGUCAUAAAGAUCUGAAUUUCAUUCACGUCAGGCAGGGUGGGCUCUACUGGGUGGCUUCUACAAAGACAAACGCCUCUCCCUUUACCGUCAUCGAGUUUCUCAACAGGCUUGCAGCUCUGACCAAGGACUACUGCGGCAGUCUGUGCGAGAAAUCUGUCCGGAUGAACUUUGCUCUGAUUUACGAGCUCCUGGAUGAGAUGGUGGACUAUGGCUACAUACAGACAACCUCCACCGAUAUACUGAAAAACUUCAUCCAGACGGAGGCGGUCACCUCCAAGCCCUUCAGUCUGUUUGACCUCAGCAACGUUGGGCUGUUCGGAGCGGAGACCCAGCAGAGUAAAGUUGCUCCCAGCACUGCAGCCACUCGCCCCAUCAUGUCCCAUCGCAGCGAACAGGGCGGAAAGAAUGAGAUCUUUGUGGACGUGGUGGAGCGGCUCUCUGUGGUUAUCGGCUCCAACGGCGUUCUGAUGAAAGCCGAUGUUGAGGGAGAGAUCAGGGUAAAAUGUUAUCUUCCAACGUGUUCAGAGAUGAGGAUCGGGCUGAAUGAGGAGUUCAGUAUAGGAAGGUCUCAGCUGAGAGGUUAUGGAACAGCUGUGAGGGUUGAUGAGUGCAGUUUCCACCAGGCUGUAAAACUCGAUGAAUUUGAUACUUACAGGAUUUUGAAAGUUUGCCCCAGCCAAGGAGAGCAAACUCUGAUGCAGUACCAGCUGAGCGACGAGCUGCCCUGCGCGCCGCCGUUCCGCCUCUUCCCCACGGUGGAGAAAGAUUACGGGAGCAGGUUAUUAAUCUUCCUCAAACUGCGCUGCGACUUGCCCCCCAAAAGCACCGCCCUGAAUGUUUCGGUUACUGUGCCCGUCCCAAAGGGUUCUUUAAGUCUGUCCCAGGAGCUGAGCAGUCCUGACCAGACGGCGGAGCUGCAGCUUAAAAAUAAGGCCAUUCUGUGGUCAAUCCCACGAUUCCCUGGAGGCGCUCAGCUGUCUGCUCUGUUCAAGGUGGAGGUUCCGAGUCUUAGCUCCGCCUCUCUCCUGGAGGUGGGGCCGGUCAGUAUGAGCUUUGAGCUGCCCAAACAGACCUGUACGGGACUCCAGAUCCGCUUCCUCCGGCUCUCACCGACCCAGCCGGGGAUGUCGCAGCGCUGGGUCCGCUACGUCACACACUCCGACUCCUACACCAUCCGCAUCUGACCAACACGUUCCAGCUUAUGACCACACACUGGACUUUUUAGCAGGGGCCCGGUGCUUCUCAGUGCUCGACGGUGAAGGACCGCUGGGACAGUAUGUGUUCUGACAGUGUUUGUUUCUUUGUGCUGCAGAGAGUUUACAUGUAAAGAAUUAAACUGGUUUAUUGGACGAUUAACAGUAA